GGAGGGAAUAUAUAAAGUGUGCACUUCAUUAGAAAACAGAGUGACUACAAGCGGCACUGGAAAAAAGGUUAUCAUCCCAGCACAUCCUGUGAAAGACUUAAUGUGAGCAGCAUUCAACACAACAAGAGCAACAGCAGCCACAGCCAUGAAGUCCCAAGCUCUUUUCCUACUUCUGAUCCUCUCCUGCAUGUGCCUGACUCUUGCACAAGGCUCGUUUGGAAACUGCUGCCUCGGCUAUCUAACAGGGAUGACAUCCAGGGCAAAGAAAAACAUUGAAAGAUACAAGAUGCAGGAAACAGAUGGUGAUUGCAACAUCAGAGCUGUUGUGUUUGUGAUGAAGAAGAAGCCAAAUAAAAAGCAGGGGACUCGCUGUGCCAAUCCGAAUGACAAUUGGGUCCAGAAGCUGAUGCAGGAUGUGAAUGAGAGAAAUCAGAAUUUGACCACUUAAAGAAGAGAAACAAGAGAGGAAUGGGAGAGAGGAGAGCAGAUGUUUGACCUCCCUUUCAGGCAUCAUAUAUCACCUUUAACUACAUGGAUUAUGUUUUAGUAGGUAUUUCCUGUGCUGACAGAGAAUGUAAAUGUAUCACUAUAACACGAGCAUACCAUACCCUAAAUGUUAUUGGUAGUAUAGCUAAAUAAAUGUAUAUGAGCCACCGCUAUAACUGUUUAUUUCUCUGUGAUAUGUAGCGCCUGCUAGGAAUGAGCCAUAGUUUGGCAGCUUUGAAAUAUUUUUGCUAUUUUUGUUUGUUUGUGCGCAUGUGUUCAAGUGUGUGUGAUGAAAAAACACUUUGGGCAUAAGAUGAAAGUUUUUUUAUACUACAGAUUUCCAUAUUUUUAUAUUCACAUUAUAAUGUCAUUUUGUGUCUUUCUGUAUCAAAUAAAAAGGCAAUACAAACCAGA